AGGCUCUUCUUCUUCCUCCUCCUCGUCCUCGCCCGGCUCAAUGCAGCAGCUCAGGCGGGGAGAGGCUGCCAGUCAAGGUCCCGUCAGGCCCCCGGCCCCGCGAUGAACAAACUCCGGAGGCUUUUCCGCGGGAGCGGGCGCGCCUUCGCCUUCAUCCUGGCCGCCUCCAUCCUCUGGGUGCUGCUGGACAUGGCAGCCCUGCGCCUCUCCUUCAGCGAGAUCAACACCCGCGUCCUGCGGGAUGAGAGGAUCCGGCUGGAGAGGGAGAGGCCCCGAGGGGGAGGAGGGGGAGGAGAAGGGCCCCGCCUGGAAAGGGGGGCCAGGGGGGACCCCCAAAGGAUGGGGAGGUGGAAGGGCAGGAGGGAUGCGGAGGAAGGGCAGGACCAAGAGGUGGAGAAGGGCUGGCACAGAGCACCCCCAGGAGCCCCCGCUGAGAGGCCACACAGGACCACCCCCAUCCAAAUGGAGCACAUUGAAAGGCAGGAGAAGGUGGUGGCCUCCAAGCAAGCAGCGCCACCGCUUCCCAGUGAAGCUCUGGAACCUCACUUUGCAAUGCCAAAAGGGCAACCUCAGGCCAAAGUGGACCACGGCAAGACUACCGCCAAGGUUGACGUCUCUUUGAACGUGCGCCGACCCUUCGCCAAGGGAAAACAAGAGGUUGGAUUGAAGUCUCCCACCCAAAGUAGGCCCGAUCAUCGAAACGACGGUCCUCCUCCUGUUGCAAGUGAGGCCAAGCUUCCAUUAAACAGGACUAUUCAAAGCCAUGGUGUAAACCAGAGCUUGGAGUUGCCAGUCCGCAAAGAGUCAAAAGGAGACUCUGUGAAGGGGACACUGACAACUCCAGGAAAGGUGGCCAAAGUGAAUGGCCCAGAAAAGGCCCAAGCCAAGGAAGUGCUGGCGAGGGAUCCAGUGGUCAUUAUAACCAAGGAGGAGGCCCGGGUGGUCUUCCCCACGGAUCAGGGCCACCCUGGCACCACUAAAAGGAUGGAAAUGGACAUCAAGCCAACUGGAGACAAGAGCAAAGAUCUCCAGAAAGACAUUGCUAAUGCAACCAAGGCUGUCGGACUUAUCCAGGCAGCAACUGUUAAGGCAGUGACUCCAAAAGCAAGUCUGACGGAAGGAAAAGAACUAAAGGAUGUCAAUGCAGUUGGUUUAGUCGACCAAGACCAAUUAAGGAAAAUCAAUCACAGCGACAGUGCGAUCCAUUUCAAAGAAAACACUAAAGUGCACAAGGUGUUCAGCAUUGACAAAACACUCGGCCCAAGGGACCCCAAUGCGGCAGGUCAGUUUGGGCGGCCCGCUGUGGUCCCAAAUGAGAAGCAAGACGAGGCCAAAAGAAGGUGGAACGAGGGAAAUUUCAAUGUCUAUCUGAGUGACGUAAUCCCCAUAGACCGAGCCAUUGAGGACACUAGGCCUAUUGGAUGUUCUGAUCUCCUGGUCCACAAUGACCUCCCCACCACGAGCAUUAUCAUGUGUUUUGUGGAUGAAGUCUGGUCCACUCUCCUGCGCUCUGUUCACAGUGUCCUCAACCGUUCUCCUCCUCAACUUAUUAAAGAGAUAAUUUUGGUAGAUGACUUCAGCACAAAAGAAUACCUCAAGGACAAAUUAGACAAAUACAUGGCACAGUUCCCCAAAGUUCGUAUCCUUCAUCUCAAAGAACGGUACGGGUUGAUACGAGCAAGACUGGCGGGCGCAGAGAUUGCUAAAGGGGAUGUGCUGACAUUCUUAGAUUCUCAUGUGGAAUGCAAUGUAGGGUGGCUGGAGCCGUUGUUGGAGAGGAUUCACCUAAACAGAAAAAAAGUCCCUUGUCCUGUUAUUGAAGUGAUCAGUGACAAAGACAUGAGCUACAUGACUGUGGACAAUUUUCAGCGUGGCAUUUUUAAUUGGCCGAUGAAUUUUGGGUGGAAACCAAUUCCUCCAGAUGUGAUUGAGAAAAAUAAGAUCAAAGAAACUGAUGUGAUUAGGUGUCCUGUGAUGGCAGGUGGCUUAUUUUCUAUUGAUAAGAAAUAUUUUUUUGAACUUGGGACAUAUGAUCCUGGACUUGAUGUUUGGGGAGGUGAAAACAUGGAGAUUUCAUUCAAGGUUUGGAUGUGUGGAGGGGAAAUUGAAAUCAUCCCAUGUUCCAGGGUGGGCCACAUUUUCAGGAGUGACAACCCCUACUCAUUUCCUAAGGACCGCCUCACCACAGUGGAGCGGAAUUUGGCCCGUGUUGCAGAGGUUUGGCUUGAUGAUUACAAGGAUCUAUUCUAUGGGCAUGGUUACCAUCUCGUCCAGAAGAACCUGGAUGUUGGGAACUUGACUCAACAGAAAGAACUGAGGAAGCGGCUUCAGUGCAAAAGCUUCAAGUGGUAUCUGGAGAAUGUCUACCCUGAUCUAGAAGCCCCACUUGUUAAAGCUAGUGGCCUGAUUAUCAAUAUAGCCUUGGCUAAAUGCAUAACCGUGAAUCAGUCUAGCCUGGUUUUUGAAACGUGUGAUGUUAACAACAAGGACCAAAAAUUCAACUACACUUGGAUGCGACUGAUCCAGCAUGGAGACUCCUGUGUGGCACCAACGGAUGCCAAAGGGACACUGGGCCUGCACCCUUGUGAUAAAAGAAACAAAAGCCUGAAAUGGUUGCAUAAAUCACUUGUGGCUUUUCAGCCAGAACUCACGGAUCACAUUGUCUUAGAAAAUAUUCCACGGGCCACAUGUUUGGAAGCUGAUCAGUCUCAGAAAGUCCUGCGGGCAAACAUUUGUUCCUCCUCCAACCCGUAUCAGAAGUGGCAGUUUGGAAAUUACUAUGCCGACUGAAGAGAAAGAUGAGCAAGCCAGACACGAGAGCUGCUUUGCAAUCCAAUGAAUCCCAGAAUGACAGCUGUGAAACUCCUAAUAGCAGCAAGUGCAAAACUGGCAGCUCACUUCCAAACCACCAUUGAAACCCGUCAAUUUAAAAGAAGCAUAUGGACAGAUCAGAAGAUGGAGCGAGGCCGCAGCUGAUUUAAUGUGUCUUGAUGUUAGCCAGGUGUGUCACCUCAAGGGGCACUUGGCAGGAAUCAGGGGGAGGGAGGACAGUAAAACUGACAGAAAAGAGAACUUAAUUCCCAUUUUUGCUAGAACUGUGGUAGCUCAGCUGCCGAAGAGUGAAUCAAACAAUAGGGCUCAUUGAAACUAUUUGUGAGUCUUAGUUGUUUUUUAUUGAUUUGUUUUUUAAAGAGGACUGUCGAAAUUACUUUUUUCGCUUUCUCUAUUUCUCUUUCUCUCUGCUCAAAAUAUCCAAUGUAUCUGUGAGGAUAUGUUCCCAGACUUUGCAUGGAUACACAGAACCAUGGAUAAUAGUGAACCAUGUGGAAAUGAAGGACCUCUGGAGCAAGACUUGUGCUAGAAGACCUAGCAAAUGCUUACAGAUGACUUGUUUUGUUAGAUGUUGUUAAAUGAAACUACGGAUAACCAUCCUGUGGAUAUGGGUAUUUUUAUAUCUCAGAUCUUCCUAAAAUCCAUGGCCUGAGUAUAUGAGCUGGCAGCUGUUCAUAGCAAAAGUCUGUGGUAGAAAGCCAAUAUUUCAAACUGCCUUAAGAAGGGUUGUUGUGAGUUUUGCAGGCUGUAUGGCCAUGUUCCAGAAGCAUUCUUUCCUAACGUUUUGCCCACAUCUAUGGCAGGCACCCUCAGAGGUUGUGUGUCUUUAGAAGCGUGCAAGUAGAGCUUUCAUGUGGACACCUUUUAGAAACCAGGGACAUGUCCAGGCCAAAAUUUAGAGACCAUAAUUUUGUAUCAGCCCUCUCUAUCCUGGUUUUCACUUCAUGGGAUAUGCACUUAUCUCUGACGUUUCAAAAAUAGUAAUGAGUGCCCCUCAAAAAAUACAUUUCUUCAGGACAAAUUAGCUGUAAGUACACAAA